AUGGUGGGUUCAGCCCGCAAUCAGCUCUGUGGCAGUGUCAGUUGUCAUCCCUGCCAUCAGACCUCUCAGUCCCACGUCUCAGUCCCACGUCUCAGUCCCACCUCUCACGUCACAGUCCCACGUCUCACGUCUCAGUCCCACGUCACAGUCCCACGUCUCAGUCCCACGUCUCAGUCCCACCUCUCACGUCUCAGUCCCACGUCUCAGUCCCACCUCUCAGUCCCACGUCUCAGUCCCACGUAUCAGUCCCACAUCUCAGUCCCACGUCACAGUUCCACGUCACAGUCCCACGUCUCAGUCCCACGUCUCACGUCUCAGUCCCACGUCUCAGUCCCACCUCUCAGUCCCACGUCUCAGUCCCACCUCUCACGUCUCAGUCCCACGUCUCACGUCUCAGUCCCACGUCUCAGUCCCACGUCUCAGUCCCACCUCUCAGUCCCACGUCUCAGUCCCACGUAUCAGUCCCACAUCUCAGUCCCACGUCACAGUCCCACGUCACAGUCCCACGUCUCAGUCCCACGUCUCGUGUCUCAGUCCCACGUCUCAGUCCCACGUCUCAGUCCCACGUCUCAGUCCCACGUCUCAGUCCCAAGUCUCAGUCCCACUUCUCAGUCCCACGUCUCAGUCCCACGUCUCAGUCCCAAGUCUCAGUUCAACGUCACAGUCCCACGUCACAGUCCCACGUCUCACGUCUCAGUCCCACGUCUCAGUCCCACGUCUCAGUCCCACGUCUCAGUCCCACGUCACAGUCCCACGUCACAGUCCCACGUCUCAGUCCCACGUCUCACGUCUCAGUCCCACGUCUCAGUCCCACGUCUCAGUCCCACGUCACAGUCCCACCUCUCAGUCCCACGUCUCACGUCUCAGUCCCACGUCUCAGUCCCACGUCUCAGUCCCACGUCACAGUCCCACCUCUCAGUCCCACCUCUCAGGCCCACUUCUCAGUCCAACGUCACAGUCCAACGUCACAGUCCCAAGUCUCACGUCUCAGUCCCACGUCUCAGUCCCACGUCUCAGUCUCACGUCACAGUCCCACCUCUCAGUCCCACGUCUCACGUCUCAGUCCCACGUCUCAGUCCCACGUCUCAGUCCCACGUCACAGUCCCACCUCUCAGUCCCACCUCUCAGACCCACUUCUCAGUCCAACGUCACAGUCCAACGUCACAGUCCCAAGUCUCACGUCUCAGUCCCACGUCUCAGUCCCACGUCUCAGUCCCACGUCACAGUCCCACCUCUCAGUCCCACGUCUCACGUCUCAGUCCCACGUCUCAGUCCCACGUCUCAGUCCCACGUCACAGUCCCACCUCUCAGUCCCACCUCUCAGUCCCACGUCUCAGUCCCACAUCACAGUCCCACCUCUUAGUCCCACGUCUCAGUCCCACGUCUCAGUCCCACGUCACAGUCCCACGUCUUAGUCCCACGUCACAGUCCCACGUCUCAGUCCCAGUCCUACGUCUCAGUCCCACGUCUCAGUCCCACGUCACAGUCCCACGUCCCAGUCCCAGUCCCAGUCCCAGUCCCGUGUAUAACGUGUAUAAUGACCUGUAG